CCUCACCCCCCCGAAAGUCAAGCUCCCCUCUCAAUCCCAAGUACAUCUCUCAAUCGCCAUAUUGGGUACUGAGAAGGUUUGUCUGCAGUUUCUCUCACUACGGGACGAAAUUGACAGAGCGGCUUCAGUUCCUGUGCACUUUGUUUUGAUGAUCCACGGAGACAACGCUUGGCUCCAACGCACCGCGGCCGUUACCGUUUCCAGCUCGACGUAUGCAUGGCAUAAGUCAUUUCACGCUUGUUUUGGAUCUUGCCCUGCGACGAGGAGACACCCGUUGUUUUUGAGCGGUGUGUUUUUCUUGUGAAAACUGGACGCUCCCGGCUGUUUGAGAAAUUGUGUCUUUCAUCUGGGGGGGAAAAAAAUGUCAGAUGUUCGACUUUCAAACGGGAGCCCGACGCUGGAGCGGACGGACGCGCGGGUGUCGGAUCACCCGAAACCGUCAGCCUGCAGAAACCUCUUCGGCUCGGUGGAUCACGAAGAGUUAAAGAGGGAUUUAAAUGGACAUUUGCGGGAGAUGCAAGAGACUGCCUCCGCCGAGUGGGGCUUCGACUUCGCCAAUCACAAGCCGCUGGCCAACGGCAGGCUCAAGUGGGAAAUAGUGGAUUGCAAAGACGUCCCGGAUUUCUAUAGCCGGCCGCUCCGGAGGGAGAAGGGCGUCUGCUCCGCUGGGAAUAACAAUGUGGAUCUAAAUGGGAAUCAUAACUGUGUUGUAGUGGCUCCGAGCGACGAUACCGACAGUUCUGACGGGCAGAUGGAGUGCACGGAGCAGUGCACCGGGCAGAGGAAAAGACCUGCAUGUCACGACACCUCGGCCCAAAAUAAGAGGUCACACACCAGCUCAGAUGAGGUUAGCUGUCCAAGUCUGAGCCACUCUGCAGAACACACACCCAGAAAGACCAGUCCCAAGAGGCAAACGUGAGGACGAGAAACGAGCCGAAGAAGCAUGUCCCCCUUUUAUGUGGGAAAACUCAGUGUUGGCCGACUUUGGAAGAGGAACUACACAGCAUCAGAAACAUAUCAACUCUCCUGAAGACGGGGGAGGACGCUGUUGAAGCACUGAAUAGAAACACUAAAGUUGUGGCACUCAAUUAAAAGUUACUGCCUCUAAAAGCAGUCAAUGUAGCAGUGUGCAAUUAGGUUUGAUUUCCUUUUUUGCUCCUUUUUUACUACCUGUGUGUACAUAAAUAUAUAUAUUAUAUUAUAUUUCUCUCCAUAUGUAGCACAUAAGAUAACAUUAUGAUUUGAAAACAAAUCCUUUAUGUAAAAAGGUGUGAAUUUUGAUUUGACUUGAAGAAUUGCAGUGUAGUUUGAUACAUGUUUCCAAAAUGCUGUUUUGUUUUUUUUUUUAUUUUAUUUUCCGAAAGGCAGUGUGACUUUGACACAGUCCCUAAUUGCUACAUUUAAAACAAAAUCAUGGCUUCUUACAGUUUCUUAACAGUGCAUCUUCACUCCGUCAUCUUCCUAACUCAGCAGUGAAGAACGGUACAAAUGUAGCUCAUCUGUUUUUGUUUUUCUUUCCUUCCUCUGGUCAUUUCAGUGUCACCAAGUGCAGGUUCCUCUAUCAGAUCUAUUUCCCCUUGGAAAUCAACACAGGAAAAUAAAAAGAGUAAUAUUUCUGUGAGAGUGAUUUAAAGAAAGUCCUAUUUAUUUUGUGAUAGGUGCUUUUAGCAUCAUUUGAAAUCUGGAAUAUGAUGGGGGGGGGGGGGGGGGGGGGGGGGGUUUCUCUAGUACUCCUGCACACCUCAGCCACAUUGUAAUGGUGUGUUUGAUUUCCUCUGGAGUUGUGAGGUACUCAGAUAUUGAAGGACAAAGACCAUACAAACUGCACAGGUUGUUUUCUUGACUGUAUUCCUGUUGUUUCAUCAGCCUUAAUGCUCUUCAGAGAGGAGAAUUUAUUUUUUUUGAUAAGGGUUGAAUGUCCUACAAUACCAAAUACAUGGUUGCUUCAGUAUGGUUGCCAACACUGCCUGUGCUUUUUAGUUGACUUCACAUUGUAUUACUUUGUGAUAACCUAGACUUAAAUUUCCAUUGAUGUUUGUACUUUUUUUUUUCACCAAUGUUGUUAGCCUGCUGACGAUGUGAGCAUCUAAAAGCUUCCCUUUAUUUGCCUAAAGUGUGGGAUAUAUUCAAAGAGACCAGUGUACACCUGGAUGGACAGAGAGAACAGCUCGUCUCAGAAAUGCAGUCACCAUGCCUGUGUAUUUGUGUAAAUCUUUGCAAUGUACCUAUGUACAUAAUUUUGUAAAAACACUGAGAAAUUAUACUAACUUAUUUAUGUCAAGCUUUUUUAUGUAGAAUAAAAAAUGGGUUUUUGAUUACGGUUAUCCAAAGUGGCAUUUACUUUAUUAUAAUUGUCUUAUUUUGUAAAAGCAUAUUUUUGGUAGUUUUUUUUUUCUUCUUAUCAAUAAGGUUGCAAACUGAGCCUGAUAAAAUAUUUGAUGUGCAUUUUGUAAUGUGUGGUUAUAAAAUGUGUUGCAAUCAAUUAAAAGAGAAAAUCAAA